AUGGGACGCACUUUGACUUAUCCCAAACGGUCCUCGAACACGGUCAACCGUUACAAACAUCGGGCGACUUACGAUCUGGGGGCUAUCCAUUCGAUCAUCAACUCGUCGCAAGUCCUCCAUGUCUCUUUCAAUCCUGGGCCAUCGGACCCUUUCCCGGCCAUUCUGCCCAUGAUCGGGCAGAUGGGUUCGUUCGACUACCCUUCGGCAAGUAUUGAUGAGCCACUGGAGUGCUAUCUUCAUGGCUAUGUCAGCUCACGGAUUAUGAACCUUGCUCGGGAGAAUGAAGAUGAAGGAUUACCUAUUUGCGUUGCUGCCAGCAAAGUCGAUGGAUUGAUCUUGUCCUUGACGCCAAACUCACACAGCUACAACUAUCGUUCCGCGAUCCUUCACGGCUAUGCCAAACUCGUCACGGAUGAAGCUGAGAAACUCUACGCCAUGGAGCUGAUUACCAACUCGGUCCUACCUGAUCGUUGGAGACAUUCACGGGUACCUCCAGACCGGGCCGAGAUGUCUUCAACCGUUAUCCUCAAGGUCAAGGUUGUUGAUGGCAGCGGCAAGAUCCGAGAUGGCGGUGUUUCUGAUGAGAAGAAGGACACUACCAAUAAUGAGGUUACCCAGAGUGUCUGGACAGGCGUUGUCCCUGUUUGGGAAACUUUUGGAGAACCCAUUCCAAGUCCCCAAAAUAAGGUGACUGGUGUACCUGAGUAUAUCACUUCGUUUGUUUCCCGCAAGAACGCGGAAAACCAGUCGUACUCUGAGGGGGCCGUUGUUGUUACGCUUCCUCCGGAAGAACAACACUGA